AUGUUGGCUGAGCAAGCCCAGAAGUGGUUCCCAACUCAUGUGCAGGUCACAGUCCUGCAGGCCAGAGACCUGAAGCCGAAAGGCAAAAGUGGCACUAAUGAUACAUACACAAUCAUACAGUUGGGAAAGGAGAAAUACUCCACUUCCGUGGCAGAGAAGACCCUGGAUCCUGUAUGGAAAGAAGAGGCCUCCUUUGAGUUGCCCGGAUUGCUGAUGGAAGGGAAUCCUGAGAAAUACGUCCUCUGCCUGAUAGUGAUGCACAGGUCACUUGUUGGGCUUGAUAAGUUUCUGGGACAAGUGGCGAUAAAUCUGAAUGAUAUCUUUGAGGACAAACUAAGAAGGAAAACUGAGUAAGUGUUAUUUUCCUAUAUAUGCUGGGAACUUUUUUUGCUUUAAGGUUUACCCAUAUGCUCCAAAAACCAGUUUAUAUGCAGAGCAGUAUUAAUAGGUGUGUGACUGUAUUACCAUUUUGUGCUUACCCGCGGGCACCUAGCCUUUCAGGAUUUUGAAAUUUAUACAUGCACACUUCAUUACUGAUGUGUGGUCAUACAUAGUAAUUAUUCCCAAAUGGUAGGUAGGGUCUCAUCAGUCAAUUGGGGGCUGAGGAUCGCUAGCCUGACAACAGAAAGUAUUUGGAUGAUGCAGAACAAGCUGUGCAGGAGUUUCACUUUGGAUGAAACCAAAACGCUAAUCUGAUAUGCAGAAGAAAGAAAAUCCCACUGGUAUACCUCCAGACUAUGAAGUUAGCUAUUUUGGGAAUAGCCAUUUGAAAGAAAUGGUUUAUUUUUAAAAUACUGUACACCAUUUUGGCCUACUCUGUUUUGUAGGUUCACUUUGUCUUCUGUUCUUUCACUCAUAAGUUUGGUUGUUCUUCUGUUAUUCCAUAACACAUGAAUGUCUGAACCGUUACAUGCUUCAAUACAGUACUGUGCUUUUUUACAUUAUCCCUUAGGACAAUAAUCAAUUUGUUCCCAAUGAAGCCUUUGGUUAUUGUAAUUUAUAAUGGCAGAUGCAAUAUGAGCGUGUGGUAUCUACUUUUGUCGGUCAUACAGCUUUUGGUUUAUUGGGAUGGUAUAACAUCUCAGAAUAACUAGUUUUCCUAGUUACAGGUAGGUAUCCGUGUUGGUCUGCUGUAGUUGAAACAAAAUAAAAAAAAAUCCUUCCAGUAGCAUCUUAGAGACCAACUAAGUUUGUUAUUGGUAUGAGCUUUCGUGUGCAUGCACACUUCUUCAGAUACUAGUUUUCCUAGUUAACCCUUGAUUCUUGGAAGUCUUAACUAUUUCAGGGUUGGUUUUUUUUUGCACUUAACUGUUGCUAAUACAUAUCUGUCCCCAUAAUGCUGUCAUAUGUUUAACAUCUCCCUCAUUCAUGUGUUACAUGUUACAAAACAGCUUAUAUAUAUAAUUUAUUAUUUAAUAGGCAGUGAAUUGUGUCUAAGACUCUUAACUGCAAUGCUGUUCAUUGUAGGAUAGAGUUCUGGGCCUUGAGCAUUGCAAGAGAACCAUAAAGGUUUCAUAAUGUUUACUAUUCAAAUUUUGAUACCAUGUCAAAAUAGAAUGUCUGGUUGAAAUGUCCACCACUUCAAAGUCUAAGAUAAAAUAAGGUAAAAUGAUCAUUAAAUAGUUUCUUAUUCACAGAUCACUGCUAAAAAUAGUUAAUGGAAGACUAAUGGAAUGUCAUGAUGAAGAAAUAAUGAAAUGUCGUUUGUAGUCAGUCAAACUGAAAUGUUUCUGAAAUGCAAAUGAAUUCAUUACAGGGAAGUGAUUCACUGAUUGCAACAUCACCAGAUCCAUUGUAUUAGGGUUGCCAGACAUCCAGAAUUUCCUGGACAUUGCUGGGAUUUGGCCAGCAGAAUCAGUAUCCGAACAUAUAUAUGGCAACCCAUGUCAGAAGUGUAGAUUUUGUCGAAUUUCCUUAAAAACAGCUUAAAAGCUUCUUUUUCUUUUGAAAUCUUGCAAAAAAAAAAAGUUCAACAACUCUGCCAACAAUACUCAACAACUUUUGUGCCUGGAUUUUCACUUUUUGAAAUAUGGCACCCCUACAUUUUAUAAACAUGUUGAAAUAAACUGACAAGUAAAGCUUGACUGUGAUCAGGUCCCCUGCUGGUGUCUCAGAACCCACAAAGGUAUGAAGAGGGUGGAACAGAGACAGACUAGACAUUGGUGUCUCAGAUUGCUUAGGAAGGACCUGGGAGAGGAGGAGACUUAGGGAACUGUAGACCUUCAGUUGCAAUUCCCCCAUUGGGGCAAGACCUGCUGGGAAGAGUUGCUGUGCUCAAUAGGCCUGAGCUGUUUUGUUUCCUUGAGUAAAAAAUUAACUUCAUUGACACCUUGUGAGUUAUUGCUGACCGGUUCCUGACUCCCACCUUGACACUUGAGCUUCUUGGAGGAAAGGUGGGCUAGAAAUAUCUAAAAACUUCCAGACUGUGCGCAUGUGCAUGAUCGCACACAUAUAGGAUGCGCCUAAAUCAGGAAUUGCCUGUAUAUUUAUAAUUUGCAUUUUUAUUCUGCUUGUCUUGUAGCAGCUCUGUUUAGGGAAGUUUUUGAUGUUUUAUUCUGUUUUUAACUUGUUGGGAGCCGCCCAGAGUGGCUGGGGAAACCCAGCCGGAUGGGUGGGUUAUAAAUAAUAAAUUGUUGUUGUUGUUGUAUGUGAACUUCUUCAGUGUCAGAGACUGUAAAUUCCAAUUUUGCAACUUCUGUAGUGCAUUCCUGUGCACUUGCAUUUGAAAGUGGUUUCCAUUGAGUUCAAUGGAACUUACUCUAAGGCAGCGCUAUUCAGUGGCAGGCGGAAAGUGAUUCAGGAGAUGAACCCCUGGAGGAAUGUGACACAAGGGAGCAGGACUGUCAGGGGCCAUGCUGUGUCUCUGGAGCUACAAAAUUGAUUCCAUACCCUCACCUUGGACACCCUCCCUCUGGAGGUGAUGGACUCUCUCCUUCAUUGGAGGUUUUUAAGCAGAGGUUGGGUGGCCAUCUGUUAUGUAGGCUUUAGUUGAGAUUCUUGCAUUUGCCGGAUUAGACUAGAUGACCCUUAUGAUGCCUUACUAUCUUCAAUUCUAUGAUUCUAUAAUUCUAUCCCCUGCCAACCUAGCAGUUCGAAAGCACAUCAAAGUGCAAGUAGAUAAAUAGGUACUGCUCCGGCGGGAAGGUAAAUGGCGUUUCUGUGCACUGCUCUGGUUCGCCAGAAGCGGCUUUGUCAUACUGGCCACAUAACCUGGAAGCUGUACGCCAGCUCCCUCGGCCAAUAAAGCGAGAUGAGCGCCGCAACCCCGGAGUCGUCCACGACUGGACCUAAUGGUCAGGGGUCCCUCUACCUUUACCUUAUGUGAAUUUAAGAUUUAUGCCUAAGCGUACGUACACACUUACUGCAGCAGUCAUAGUGCUGUUCCAGUUAAGUGUUUUUUACAAAAUAAAUGUGAAAUUGUUACUUGUAGUUGUGGAAGCAUCUGCCUGCCUUUUAUUCUUUUACACCAAUAAGUGAAUUUAUUAAAGAGAAAUUGCUUUUGCCAAGCGAUAAACAAUAUUUUGUUGUUGGAGAAAGGUGAUGCACCUCUGCCUACUGCUGUACUCCUCACAUUGCAGUUUGGAGUUCCGUUUGUUCCACAAUUGCAUCAGUAUUAGGAGUAUCUCUUGGCUAGUAUCUGUGCCAUCAUUUGAAACCAUUCACAAGCUGUUCUCCCACUUCUUGCCUUAAUGAGUGUGCCAUGAAGAAAUACCUUUAACAAAGUGUUUUCAAAUUAUUCUUUGCUCUUGGUGGCUGAAUACUCCCCAUGGUACUACAAUCAUACACGCACCGUAUUUUUCACUCUAUAGGACGCACCCGACCGUAAGGCGCACCUACUUUUUUUUGGGGGGGGGGGAAUUCAAGAAAAUAAAUAUGCAGCUCUUGGGGGCUUUUGCGGGAGGUGGGGGAAUUGAGAGAGCCUCGCUCUGUCUCUUCUCCCAUCUCCCGCAAAAGCCAGGGAUGGCCGCGCGAAGCCUCCCCAGGGCAGUGGGAUGAAGGCUCCCCGCUGCCCUGCGGAGGCUUCGCGGGCUACCCCAGAGCUGUUCAGGAGCUUGUCGGGGCUGGCAGGGGAAGCUUGGCUUUCCCCCACCACCAGCCCCAAAGAGCAGUUCGGGGCUGGCGGGGGAAGCCCGGGUACCCCCCCCCCAGCCCCAGGGACCACACAUUCACCCCAUAAGACUCACAGACAUUUCCCCUUAGAUUUUAAGAGGAAAAAGGUGCGUCUUAUGGAGCGAAAAAUACAGUAUUUCCCCCCCCCACCCGCAAUUUCAAGCAUAAUGAAAACCCAGCAAGGCUGCUUGUCACCUUCUCAUACAGUGCCCAUCCAAGAAGUUCCACUUUCUAGUGCUGAAGCGCACAUAGCAUGCAAAAUAGACGAAAAGAGAGGGGGGGGAAAGAAUGAAAAAGCAGUCUGUUCUCUUUUCAGUAAGGCUAUGUCUCCUGUUGGUUGUAUUGGGACAAAAUAUUGGCCACAAACUUCUGAUUCUUGCAUAUUGGCUUUUACAUUUGUGUAAGAUGUACACACAGAACACGUAGAAGCCAUGUGCACAUGCGUACACAUGUACACAGAGAAGCCAGUGUCCGUUGACCCAAACUUCAAUGCAUAUUGCUUGAUACUGUCGUGUACAGUUUGCACAGUUCUAAUCUAUAUGUUUGAGACUCUGCUUGAGUAAGCUUCCUAUGCAAAUGUGAAAUCCCGGGCUCUGGAGUGUGUAUGGCAGUGCAAUCUUGACCCAUGACUAUGCAUAUUUUAGGGACUUCAGCAUAUGGGCUUUAGCGUUACUAACUCAAGAUCUGGAAUACUCUUGCAUUGAAAAUAGGGGCGAGAUCAUGUUGUUUUUAACUGCUAUUUGGAAUGUCCGGUUCUGACUUUUGUAACAUGGAAAGGGCUAUGAGUUGGCCCAGAAAUCUCCCUAUACAGUUAUACCUCGGGUUGCGAACAUGAUCCAUGCGGGAGGCAUGUACGCAACCAGCAGCGCCGUGUCUGCACACGCACGUGAUGUGAUUUGGUCUUCUGCGCAUGCGCGAGCACCAAAUCCCGGAAGUAACCUGUUCUGGUACUUCUGGGUUUGGCACGGUCCGCAACCCGAAAAUGCGCAACCUGCAGUGUUCGUAACCCGAGGUAUGACUGUAUACAUAUCCAUUUUCAGUCUGCAUAUUGCUGUUCACAAGAACUAUAUCUUCAGUAAGGUACUACUGAAAUUGAAUAUUCUGUAUGUAGUGAUUUCGGAACUGUGAGAUAGGACAACAUAAUAGUGUGACAUUACUAUCAGGAAUGCACUGCAGAGAUGGAAGAUGCUCUUUGUUCAGGGGUGGAAAAAUUAAGGAAAUGUUAUCACUGUGAUGUUUAGAAGCUUGCCAGCACAACUGGGAGGCAGGUAGCCUAUUGCUUUUUCAAAUGGUAUAUGGCUGAAUUGUGUAUGUGUUGCCUGGAAAAAAACACAAUUAUGGAAAUACAGAGUAAAAUUUCAGUUAUUUAAAUUAAAAUUAAGGACGCACAGCUGUGACCCCAUAGUUUUAAAACAAAAGUUGAUACCUAACAAUAUAAUUUUGAUUUCUUUCAAAACUGAUGAUAAAUACAAAUUUUAUUAAAUAGUGGUUUUUUUGCUUUCAGAUGCAUUUAGCAGACCCAGAGCCUUAUAUCCAAAGUGACUUUUUAAAGUUGAUGUAACCUGAACAUUGCUUAGUUUGUGGGUAAAUGAGAUCCACAUAUUUGAUGAAGUGUCUUUAUUGGUAAUAUUUCUAGUUUUUAAUAUAUUUAAUAGCUUCCUCCUUCCAACACAGCUGUACAUAUGGUUCUCCAAGAGACAGACUUCAGAGUCACUAGAGUAUUACAAAAAAAGAUAUUUAAUAUUCUGCACAAUGCUGAACCUUGUCAGCAAUUCCCCCAUGUGUGUUUUUUCUUGUAAGAAAAAUGAAGGCUACCAGCUGAUCUAGAAUUUCUAGGAAAGCUUCAGCACAUGCAACAUGCAGGGCUUUCUUUCUUUUAACAGAGAGAAGUGUGUAUGCCAGCCCAUAGUGACUUUAACCACGUACUAAGCCACAAACUAAUAGCCUGCUGCACGUAACACUUUUUAAGUUGCUGGUGGUUGCACCUUAAAACAAACAUAUGCCUUUAAAAAUAAAGGCAGCAAAGUUUCCUGAAGCAGUGGUGUUAUGAGAGGGCCUCUGUCGUAUAUUUUAAUAUCUUCAUUCUGGCACAAGAUAUAAGAAACUAAAACAAUAGCUAAUAUAGCUUAGCACAUAAAUAUUUUUAUUCCAGAAUGGCUCUCCCUUUCAUGAGUGUGAAAAAUCAUUAGCUUUUUAAAGAAAAGGAAUAAGGGGUUAUUGGAACGGCUAGUUGAGAUUUGGAGCAGGUGGUGGUCUUCAAGGCUUUAUUUACAGUCCUAGUUUUGUUAUACCAAGAACACCCGAGCUAUUCAUAUUGCCUCUUUCAUGAUUAGAAGUUGAGCAUGGCAAUAUGUGCUGGCGUAAGGCCUAUUUGCUAGUUACUUCCUGGGGAGAAAUCGUAACCUGCUGCAGGGCUUGGGCGAACUCAUUCUUCUCAUUCUUCUUGUCAAGAGAGUUAAGAAAUGAAUAAGUCUGUACCACGUUUGUUAGGUGAUCGGGGUGAUGCCUCAUUCAGUCCAUUCCCAGAAAGAAUGGAAUUUAUUAUUAUUAUUGUUUUUACAGCAAUCUAAGAGAUAAGAUAUCUCAUUUGAAUAGUAAGUGGCACAGCCUGGUUCAUAUUAUACCCGGUUGGCAUUACUCACUGGAAAGCAUUUUGUAUUUGGUUUGGAUCAGUAUCACAUCAGGAGUAAACAAAAGCAUUGAACUACUGUACUUUUGAGGGCAUUUUGAUAUAUUUUCUAAUCCCUGUAUUUGGGGAAACUCUUAAAUCUCUGUAAGCAUCAGGCAGAACAAAUUUGGCAAUCCUUGUGAGAUUCUGUGGCAGAGCCACCACUACUUUGUGAGCCCUGCCAAUUCACUCCAGCAGAGACGGAGGUGCAGGAUGAUUUUCAUUAUCUUUUUUGCCCCAUUAUUUUUUCUCUCCCCACCCCGCAAACUCUAGUCAGUGGGAGGGAAUAUACUGUUCCAUCUCUCGGGCUGGUCUAUUUGAAGGCUUCUCUUUGGGAGGAUGUCAGGGAAAGAACCACUCACAAAUGAUCCGGUGGAUUCUUUCCCACUCCUGACAAGCCCAGUUUUGGCAUUUGGUGCAGCAGAACAUCUGCGCCUGCUGAGCUUUCCAUGGGUGCGUGGGGAGCGGGACUCCAGCACAGCAAGUGCCGUCGUGCUGGCGGACUUCCCUCUCCAUUAGCAAAGCAGCACUUGAUAUCACUUCCUACAGUCCCUCAGCUGGCCUUUGGCUGGUUUAAGGAUCAUUUCCUAAAUUGAACAUUGAUACUUUCAUUUAUGUGUUGCAUUAAAGGAAGCAUAAUGGAAGAUACAUUAGUCUUAAUCACUUUUGAUUUUCACAUUACAAAUUUAGUUAUUUUCUUAUGGGCUUUUUACAACUGCAGUGUUUAUUUGAAAAAAAAAAUUGUUCAUAAAGUAACAUUUCAUCAAAUUGUAUCAUAGGGUGGUUUAUUUGGUUGUUUGUUUUAAAAAAGAAGUCGUCUUAAUUCUUUUUUGUAGCUUUACAAAUACAUGGCUCUGGACAAGUGAAUUUUUGUUUUCCCUAUUUGUCUACAUGGGCAUCAUUUUAACUGAAUUUUGCUGGAGGCUGAAUGGUAGAUCUCAUGCUUUUCAUGCAGAAGGUCCUGGUUUCAGUCCCUGGCAUCUCCAGUUAAAAAAAGAUCAAGUAGUAGGUAAUGCAAAUGCUCUUUAUAGAGCAUAUACCCAUAUCUAUAUAGGGUAAUGCGAUGAACACCCCCCCCCCCGAAAUUGCUUCCAGGGAGCAUUGACCUUACUGGGCUAGGUAGACAGGUGAUCUGCCCUGAUUUAAGGCAGCUUUUCUUAUUAUGAAAUACAUAUAUUUAAAACACCAGCCCAAAUCUCUGUUUGCAGGCAAUUUUUAUUUCUUGGAUUAUUUGUUCUUAACAAUUACAUGAUUUAUCUGAUAGGAUUAAAGGGAGAUAAAAAAGCAGCAGUUUAAAUAAAAAACAUUUUUUGAUACAAUGUUACACAACUUACAGUGUGUUGUUAUCUUAUCUUGAAGGUGGUUUAGCCUGGAGUCCAAACAAGGAAAGAGAACUAAAGACAGAGGAGAAAUAAAGGUCAAUAUUCAGUUUAUGAGGAACAAUAUGACAGCAAGCAUGUUUGACCUUUCAAUGAAGGACAAAACUAAAUCUCCAUUUGCUAAACUAAAGGACAAAAUGAAGGGUCGGAAGACUGAUGGAACAUUUUUGGAUACAUCCUCUGCAAUCAUUCCAAGCAGUCACAUGCCAGAAACUAACACUGUAACUUCCCUAGGUGAAAUAAUGUUAAAAUCUAAACCAAAAAAGCCUUUCCUGUUGGGACCUCAGCGACUAUCUUCAGCUCAUUCAAUGUCCGAUUUAACUGGGCCCCAGGUGACUUCGGAAAAAAUUAAAUCGGGCACAGUUGCCAAUGCAUACCUCUUCAGACGUCAGCUUGAGUCUGUUGGUUCUGCGGAUGAAAGUGGUAAGUGAAAAUUGUUGAUGCUGCUUGAUGUAAGAAACUUUGACAGACUCUUGCUCGUUGCUUCCAGCCUGUUAUCUUUUCGCUCUUACUUUAUAGAAAUGUGUGGUUGCAAAAGCUCACAGAGCAGAGUAUAUUGACUACACUGUAAGGUAAAGGCAAAUAGGGCACAUCAGUAAUGUACCAGCCGCAAUCCUGUUCAAGCAGCUUAUCACCAAAUAUUAGGUGCAAAGGUUUCUGGAAACAGCUGACAGGUGGGUGAUGUUUUCAGGAAAGCUUGAGAGAUAAAUAAUUCCAGGUCCCACUCAAGCUGCAGCGUGCCGUUCAGUUAAAAAUGUUCAGGCUGCUAAAUAAAAUACCAUCAAAGAACAAUACAAUAAAACACAAAAUACAAAUACAAUAAAACAAUAAUUACUGGCAGUAUCAAAACAUUAAAAGGAACCAGCAGAGAUACAACAAGAUUAGUGAUUGAAAAGCGUGGGGAAAUCAAGAAACUUUAGAGCUCUGUACAUCAGAAUUGUUAAUUUUUCACGUUGUCUGUUCCCAAUUAAAGUUACAUUCUGUUGAUGUGGUAUAAGUUGGCUUGUUGGACCAGUGCAACACUAGAUUAUAAUACUGUGUUGACCAUUUGGCCCAUUUUGCACAUUUAUCUGGUGGUUCAUUGAGUCUUAGGAGCUUGUUAUAAUAUUGUCCUCUAAUAGCAUAGUAAACAUGAAGUAGAUACUGAAGCUAAUUGUAAAUAUAUCAAGUGUAGCGUUGUGGUUGGCACACAGGGGUAAGGAAUCUUUUUUUUAGCCUGGUGGACCAGAUCCUUAUCUGACCUCCCCCCCCAUACCCAGAGUCCAUCUUUAGGCAGGCAGUGUAGCUGUCAUUAUGAUGCCAUGUGAUUAGUUACCCCAUCCACUCCCAAAGUUUGUUGUGCAGAGCUUCCCAAGCACUCAUAAUCCAAUGGGUUGUUUGUGUUUUGGGGAAACCACAGCACAAGAGGCUUUGCUCUUCUAGUAGCACCAAACAUUUUGUGUUGAAACCACUGCUAAAAUGGAGCUUCCCCAUUCUUUUUUAGCAGGAGUUUCAGUGCAAAUUGCUUGGUGCUAUUGGCGCAUGGUAUACUUGCCACACCCAUCAGCUAAUUGUGGUGGGGUGUCUUGCUCCCUCAUUGGAAAAAUUGGGAGCUCACUUUAAGCUCCUGAUUGUUCCUUUUUAGCCACAUCACCACCUUUUUCACACCUGACAUGAUGUCAGGGGUGGGGGAGGUGAGUGUAGUUUGGUUGCUUUGUUUUAACUGUUUUAAUUGUUUGUGCUCUUACCUUAUUCUAACUCUUGUGAACCAUCCUGAGAUCUUAUAAUGAAGGGUGGUAAAAGGUAAAGGUAAAGGGACCCCUGACCAUUAGGUCCAGUCGUGGCUGACUCUGGGGUUGCGGUGCUCAUCUCGUUUUACUGACCGAGGGAGCCGGUGUACAGCUUCCGGGUCAUGUGGCCAGCAUGACUAAGCAACUUCUGUCGAACCAAAGCAGCACACGGAAAUGCCGUUUACCUUCCCACUGGAGUGGUACCUAUUUAUCUACUUGCACUUUUGAUGUGCUUUCGAACUGCUAGGUUGGCAGGAGCAGGGACUGAGCAGCGGGAGCUCACCCCGUCACGGGGAUUUGAACCACCGACCUUCUGAUCGGCAAGUCCUAGGCUCUGUGGUUUAACCCACAGUGCCACCCGCAGCCCUAAUGAAGGGUGGUAUAUAAGUCUAAUAAAUAGUAAUAAAUGGGGAGAAGUGCUGGGCCAGAGGUUCCCCACCCCUAAGUUAGAGUGUCAAGCCAGGAUCGAGGAGUCCUGGAUUCAAAUUCCCACUCGACCGUCAAUACCUCAGAGAGAUCUUGGUCCAGCCUGUGUUUUCUAUUUUCUCUACAUUUCCCUAUGUUCCUUGAAGGAAGCGUAGGAAAUUAAUAAUAAUAACACAUUGUUUUGCCAUUUUAUAAAAAACUUGAGUUCAAUCAUAUCCACUUUUCUUUUAAACCAUGACAGCCUUCCAGAACCUUUUGUAGUGCAUAGAGAAUGUUACAAUAAAUCUUUAAUAUAGAAACAUUAUUUCAUUGGGAGUACCAAGUAUGUGCCCAAAUCUCUUACUAAAUCAAUGGGACUUGGACAUCCCUGUGUUUGGGUGGAUCAUGCCCCUCCUUUUUAAAAAAAUCAACAACAGUUUGACUGAUUAUUGUAAUAAUGAUCAAUUGAGUACAUUCAGAAAUGAGGAUGGGAAAUCUUAGCCAGCCGGGUCAGAGAUGAUGGGAGUUGUAGUCCAGCAAUACCCAAAGGGCCACAGGUUUCCCUUCCUGUUCUAAAUGCAGUUAUGCAAGCUUUUGUGUGGGUAUUGCCAAAUAUGAUGUGAUGUCUCUUGUUGUAUACUAAUGACAAAAUGAUUUGCAGGAAAUGUAAAAUCUCCGCACAGACGGACGUUAAGUGCAGAUACAACUAAAGUGAGUCAGCCAGACAGCACAGUUGAUGACAGCGACUCAGCUUUUGGAGCACAAAAUGACCCUUUUAAAAAUGUGAGUGCUUCGUUGCCUCAGAAGUUUGCCACCCUGCCAAGGCAGAAGAAUCCAUUCGAGGAAAGCCCCAUGUCAUGGGACCAAAACGUAGGUCUGUUUUCAAAACCUGCUGAAAUAAAAAAAGACAUUAAGAAAGAGAAAAAGGAGAAGGUUAGUCUCUUUGAAAGAGUGACUGGGAAAAAAGAUAGUAAGCGGUCUGACAGACUUAGCAAUGGAGGAUCAGAUGCUUCUGCUGAUUUGAAAUCACCUAGUGCACUCGGCGAAAAUCAUCAGGACAGUUUUGAUUUUGAUUCAACUAAUCCCUUUACAACAAGCUUCAAGCCAACAAAAGUGCUGCCAUCUUCUAGGUAAGCUUUAGUGUAUUUGAGAUAUGAUGUCUUGGAGUCAGUUUUAUAAAAAUGAAAACAGAGUUUGGGCAAACCUUUUUUUAAAAAAUUCAUCAAGGUUAUCAUUUUUUUUCUUAUUAGAAGUAUAUUUCAAAAGUAAUAUUUAACCCCAGAUGGCUACUGCUAUGCUAUAAAGGAGCUCACUCAGCUGUUGUGUGGGAAGCUCUAUCCUUUCCUUCCCCCAAUAACAGCCUUGCAUAGCUCAGCAUGCAAAGGCCAAUUCUACCCGUAACUGAUUAGAUAUAAUUCUCUGAGCACUGAAGGAAUAUGCCCCCAAAUCCGCCUUAAAAUAAUGAGACCCUGUUCAGUGUAUCCUUAUUAUCAAAGUUUUGGACAGUGCCUGAGAGAUCAAGCACAUUUUGCAGUGUGCUUUCCACCCAGAGAAGCUAGCCUGCCUGAUUCAUUGCCCAGUUUUGUUUUGUUUUUUGAAGAUUCACACAAACUUUAUUCAGGAAAGCGUUUUGGCUGCAUUGUUUGAGUUCUGUUUUAUUGAAUAACUGGCUUGUUUUUGUUUAGUUUAAAAAAGGUUGUAUUGUAACUUUUUAUACUGUGGUGUUUUUUUUUAUAAUUAUUUAGCAUUUUUAGCUACUUAAAAAGGCUUAGGGCUAAAAAUGCAGGAUUUAAGUCAAUUAAAUCUAAAUAAGAAAAACCUCUUAUUGUCCUUGAAAUGGUCCCUCCUUUGUAGGGUGGACCUUUUUAGAGGAACAGGCUAGAGAUGUAAUGCUGACCCAUGUUUUGGUCACUCCCACUUUCACACAUGUAUACUCUGAUUUCUUCCACCCCAAACUGUAGUUUGCUAUUACAGUGUAUGAAAACAGAGAAGGUAGUAAUGCACACAAAGCUUGUGAGCUGGCUAGCAUUAAAUCAUGGUUUUGGAAUUAGAUCUGAAUGGACAUACUGUCUUUCUUAUGCUACUAAAAGUAGUAAAAAGUAGAUGUGUUCCACACUUUAUCUAUGAUUAUUAAUUAUUAUAUUUAGUUGCUCCCCCCCCAAAGGAAAUUAAAGGUGACUUACAAAAUGCACCUUAAAAACAGAUCUAAGCUUACCCUACUGAAAGAUAAGCAGAAAAUUAAGCUCCAAAGGCCCUGGGUGAAAAAAUGCAUUUGCCUGGAGCCUAAAUUUUUUAAAAAUGGAUUAUAUUUUGAGAACGUGAACAAUUCAGCCGACUGAAUCUUUGUCAUAAUUUACUAGGUCUUGAUGGGGCACAAAAAGAAUUCAAAGAGCAAAGGCCUUUGCAAAAGCUUUAGGAAGAAGCUUCUUACGUGGAUUUGCAACUGACAAAAUGUUGGACUGAUCCCCCCCCCCAUGCUGCUAGCAGCGGUUCUCAACCUGUGGGGUCCCCAGAUGUUGUUGGACUACAACUCCCAUCAUCCCUGAGCUCUGGCCUUGCUAGCUAGGGCUGAUGGGAGCUGUAGUUCAACAACAUCUGGGGACCCACAGGUUGAGAAUUUUAAAAAUGCUCAUCAGAGCAUCUGAAUUAUUGCCUAGUUACCUUGGGCAGCAGGCAAUUUCUAGUCACCAAUGGUGACAAGGUUGUACAUUAAUGACAAGUCUGUGUUAGGCUCUGGUAGCUCCUACCUGUUAGCAUUUGGUGGUAAUAGGGUUGUGUUGUUUUUAAGCCCAGUCCACAUCUUUGAAAGUUUGCAUUUGCAAGCUGUUUGAUUGCUUUCAUUAGUCUAAUUGCAAUCAUUCAUUGCACUGGCUUUCAAGGGGUUAAUCUGCAGCUCUCUGUCAUGGCAGUCUUGUACAGUGAGCAUACCAGAGGACAAAUGUCAACUUAAUAUACAAACUUCCCAUAAAAUAGCUAGCACUAUGUGCAACAUUUCUGUAAAAAAAUGUUUGUUUUUUAAAGCUACGCUACAGUAGGCUAAUACACUGAUGUGAAAAUUUCUCAAUUUACAGCACUUGACAGGUGCUAAAAGAAAAGCAUCUUUAAUUUUAAUGUGUUGUUAGGCCCUCUUUAGAGGGAUUGUGGAAGUUAUUAACAAGGUCCUUUGAGACAGGAGACGGGUAAUUAACAAGACCUACAGAAAGAGAGUUUGGGUAAUUAACAAGCUCUUAGGCACUGGACACAGGGUAACAAAUAGUCCAGUAGUUAAAGGGGACAGGUUGUUACUAGCAUGAUCAAAUGCCAGAUUUGAGAAUGUGAAUAGAUAGGUGUCUCAGUGAGGUGUCUAAUUAGUAUUUUUUUAUUAUAUAUAAACUCCUUAGAUUACAUUUCUGCAAUAUAACAGUCUGGGUAAUAGCAACACCCACCCACCCGUGAGGACCCUUUUAAGAUCGAAAUUUCAUUUAAAAAUUGGCAAUAAAUGUAGUGCCCUUUACAGUGAUUACUAGGGAGAAAAGAGAAAAAUGAAAAUGGCAUAUUAAGAAAAUAGUACUUUUAAUGAGGUAAUUUAUCUUUGAAUGAGACACAAUUCACUCUUAGAUAGCAGCAAGAACUGAAGGUGCCAAAGUUGGUGUAGACGUCACUUGAAUGUUGGUGGUGGGAUUAGGCUGAAGAGAUUUGUUGCCCUUUGUCCAUCCACAAUAGGUAAUACCUUUAUUCUGUGCUGGUUUUGGGAUACAUAAAAGGUUGUAUCCCAGAGGGGCAGCCCUUUCCUGUAAGAUUUAGGAAACGGAUCCUUUUCCAGGCAACAUUCAAGACCCUUUAGCAGUGGGCAUAGGAGCCAGCUUAUAGGGGCCAAGGUCCCUUUGGCUCCUCCCAGUAAAAUAUUUGAGGGGACCAGGGCCCCCCCAAAGUUGAUGGGCAUUACCGUUCAAAUGGUGUGUGUGCACUGCAUCUUGUGAUCGAUUAUGCAGGGCGGGACUGACCUCCCCCCCCCAAUAGUUUGUUCAAGUUGACACCCCUAGAAGUGGGUAUCAGCUGAAAUGGGGGCAGCACUGAAGGACGUUUGUGCCCCAACCCACCUAGAAAGUGAUCAUCCCUAACUGAAAGAGGGUUCUAGGUGGAACUCAUAGUUUCACUGAAAUAAAUGGGAUUUAUGUCUAGACAGGGUAAAAGGGACGUGGGUGGCGCUGUGGGUAAAACCUCAGUGCCUAGGACUUGCCGAUCGCAUGGUCGGCGGUUCGAAUCCCCGCGGUGGGGCGAGCUCCCGUCUUUCGGUCCCAGCUCCUGCCCACCUAGCAGUUCGAAAGCACCCCUAAGUGCAAGUAGAUAAAUAGGUACCGCUUUAUAGCGGGAAGGUAAACGGCGUUUCCGUGUGCUGUGCUGGUCUGGCUCGCCAGAGCAGCUUAGUCACGCUGGCCACGUGACCCGGAAGUGUCUCCGGACAGCGCUGGCCCCUGGCCUCUUAAGUGAGAUGGGCGCACAACCCUAGAGUCGGACACGACUGGCCCGUACGGGCAGGGGUACCUUUACCUUUACCUUUAUGUCUAGACAGGGUAGAUCAACUUAAAAUUAAAUCAUUAAUUUAAAUCAGAAAAAAUGUCAUUUGGAAUCAUCAGUUUUAAUCAAGUUUCCAAUUGACAUGUCAUAUUUCGUUAAAUGAUGGUGAAAAUCUGAGCACUAAACCAUAUUACUUUGCAACUAAAUAAGAAUAUUGUUUAUUCUUGGAACCGGGCCUUGCAUCCCUUUGCAUCCCUAUAUAUUUUUGCAUGCUUUCCCUGUUAAGCUCUAGAGGGAACAUCUUUUAAAUAUUUCCCUUUUUGGGUCUUUCUUGAAACUAGCACUCAUGAUGGUUGUGAGUUUAGUAGUGCAGUUUUAUCUACUCCUAUUAAGUUCUUAGGCUCCAAGACUGUACCCACUUACAUAAGUAUGGGGCUGUAAAUAACAUGCACACUGGACAGUUUUGUCAUUGUCACUCAUUUUUGUUUCACUCUACCUUUGGCAGCAUAAAUUGAUAAUAACUGGGCCAAUGAGAACAGUUAUAUCAUUAUCAUCUUUAUUGUUAUUUUUAUACGAGUAGGUAGAAGGUUGGUUGUGUUGAGGUGUUGGUGAAGGAGUCUCUGACAUUGGAUUGGCCUUUCCAACAUUAAAUCUCUGUCUUCAACAUCAGGUGGCAAAUCUGAUUUAUCCUCUGCCCCUGGAAUGCCCUUCCAGGGACCACUGGAUUGCAUCCCAGCAAUAGGGCUAACAUGCUUAUAUAACCAUCUAAGCUAUGUCCCUCUUGUGUCCCCAAAUAAAUAAAAAUAAAAUAAAUAUAUGAGCACUUCUCCUCUACUGAAAAGUUCUUAUUUUACCGUGACUCCUUUGAAGUUGGGGAAGGAAGCUUUCUAAAUAUCUGACUCCAGAACAGUCAGGUGUCAGUAUGACCUUUCUGUAACAUUUUUCAAAUAUUCUGUAUUAAACUUGUUGCUUAAAAGCUAUUUCUGGAGUAGCUAUAUUCCAGCUUUACCUGAUCUGUAGCUUUAUUCACAUGUAGCGUUAUCAUGUAUUUGGCUUCUGUUCCACCAAGUUCAGCCUCUUGUGGAAGUUGUAAUCUUUGUCUCUUUGGUAUCUCUUGCCACCUUUUCAUGCAUUUCUAGAAAAGUAAGUUCAUUUGGUAGUUAUUUCCCAGACAUUAGUACAGGCUGUUGCUUAGCACAUCACCUUCUCCUUCCUUCUGGUUAUAUUCUUUCACAGAAGAUGAGCCAGCUGUACUUCGUAAAACAGAGUUUUAAUAAAUUUAUUAAAAUUAAAAUUCACAAAAACCUAGUGACAUUAUAAAACAGUUCUAAAACCUCCUAUAAAAACAUAACAGAAUGCGCAGGUAAUUAAAGUCUUGGGCUGGUGUUGAAAAGACAUUAAAGUUAAUUCCAGGCAAGCUUCUCUGAAGAGGGCAUUCCAUAUCCAAGAGGGACUCAACUGAGAAGUCCCUCAACUAGCAGAGAGACUCGAGAGAAGAACGUGAGAGGGUUUAGGCAGGCUUAUGUGUGUACGGGUGAAAUAACAUUUUUUGGUUUACUUUCAUUUAUAUCCUGCUUUUUUUCCAUCGUGGAACGUGAAGUGGCAUUCACAUGGUUCUCAGGUGAUCAUCUAUCCAGAUGCUGACCAAGACCAAAAUUGAUGGUUUAAUGCUUGGGACAUUUUCAGUCAUUUAGAGGGAGAGUCAAGUAGCCAGGCUGCAAGCUGUUUAGCGUUUCAAAGGGUAACAACCAGCAUGUUGAAGUGUGCUUGGGAACAGUCCCAAUCAGUAAUCUAGCACCUGUAUUUUGUUUCCAAGAAGUCGUCAAAGGCAGCCUCACAACAGUCCUGUCAAAGAGUUACUGUGGCAUGAAUCCCAAUGAAAUAAAUGAUUUAAGAUGGUACUGCUAGGGAUGUACCCGUUAAAGUGAGAUUGAUUAACCCCAGAUCACAUCUGGAGUUUGUUGCAUUUUGGGAACAGCGGAACAGAAAACUGAGAUAAUUGUGUCACAAAGUAACAUAUAUAUAUGCUGCAUGUUAGUUUAGUCAGAAGGGUGACCCUUCUUCCUUUUGAAGUAAAAUGGUGCUUUUAUUUAUUGGUGAUUUUUUUAAAAAAAAUAGUAAUCAUAAAUUGCUCUUCCUUUUUUAAACCUCUUUUUGCAGUAAUAUAAAUGAUUCCUAGAUUACCAGAGUAGCGUUUUGUAAAUCUGCCAAUAUGAACUGAUGAAGUACAUAUACUUCAUAAUGCAAUAAAGUUUUUUUUUAAAAAAAAGUUAAUGUGUUUAUUAGAAAGUGAUUAUUGUGUUUUUCAACUUUUGUUUCCUAGUAAAUUGCCCUAGGAAAGACACUAAUUGAUUAAAAGAUCUUCUAACUCCUGAAAAAGGAACUAAUUACAGGCAAAACUAACAUUCUGAAGACAAGAAUGAAAAUAGCAAAAUUUUAAAGUGAUUUUGAGCAGAUUGACAUUUUUUUUAGUCUUCUGUAUCAUGGCAAAUAGAAGCAAAGCAGGUUUGACUUGUAUCUUGUAAUCUAUAUUUACAGCUUAUGUUUUGAAAUGUUCUUUUGCUACUUCAAACAUUUUUUUUAAAAAAAUCACAGCUUAAGGAAAAAAUUCAAUAUUUUAAGUAAUCUCCAUCUGUUAUGUUUAUCUUUCUGCUUUCUUGUCUGUCAGUCUCAGCUGCAACAUUAUUUGCCUCAUCUGUGAAUUUUCAUUCUUCUGCACGCUGAUGAGCUUUAAUGUUCAGGCUUGAUGGCUUUAGGGUGUUGGGCAUUAACUUGGAAUGCAUCUUGUUGACAAUACAGCUAUUUGUAAAGUUUCAAACAGUCUUAAUAGUUCCAUUAUUUUCUGUCUUGAGACUUACUGUUUUUCCAUAUUUGCAAAGUGUGGUUCUUUUCACUUUUCAUGAACUAUUUUUUACUCUCUCUGUGUGAGAGAGAGAGUGUGUGUGUGUUUGAUAACCCUGAAUAUUGGUAGAUACUAGAGAAGUACUGGAAAAGCACAAAAAUGGUGUGGGUGUGUUAUAUUUGAGUGAAGUUAAUUACAAAGUGUCCCUUGGUUUUAAAAUACAAAAAACAACAACUGUAAAAUUACAGAAUUAUCCAAUUUGCAGUUCAAUUAUGAACUAGCCAAACAGAAGUCAUAAUGAACAGGAACCCAGAAGCCAGAUGAAAUGGAUAUGUCUCCCCUGUUUCAGAUGGAAUGGAAAGAGAGAGAGUAAGGUGUCAUCUGCAUAUUGAUGACACUGCACUCUGAAUCCCUGGGUUACUUACAGUAUAUGGGUAAAAAUUGUAGGAGAGGUAAAUACCACAGGCAAGGGAAAGCUGAGUGAAGUUGGAUAUGCACUCUGGACUUUCAAAAGGCUGAAAUAUUGAAGGCACAAUGGUAGACAGUUCCAGCAAGAAAGAAAAGUGGGAGGCACCUAAAGAAACUGCUGUGGCUGCAUAAGGAGCUUACAGAUGAUCUGAGAUGUAAGCAGUGCAUAUAUAAGAAAUGGAAGAAAGGAGAAAUCAUAAAGAGAUGCCAACAGCUGCAGGGAGAAGGUAAGGAGGGCCAAAUCCCUGAAUGAACUCAGGCUUGCAAGGGAGGUUAAGAUAAUUAAAAAGGUUUCUUUAACUAUGUUUGAAGCAAGAGGAAGAACAAGCAAGCAGUAGGUCCCUUGCAUAGAGAUGAUGGAGAAAUGCUAUUGGGUCAAGAAGGCAGAACUGCUGAACGCCUAUUUUGCCUCUGUCUUCACUCUGAAGGAAAGCAGUGCCCAACAGAAUAAAUGAUGCAAGGAGAGAGCUGCAGCCCAAAGAUAGGGAAAGAGGUGUUAAGGGAACACCUAGCUGCUUUAAAUGAAUUCACAUCUCCAGGGCUUGAUGAGAAUUCCUGGACUGGAGGUGGGGAAAUGUUGUUCCCAUCUUCAAAAGGGGAAAAAAGAGGACCCAGGUAACUACCAACCAGUCAGCUUCACGUCAGUAUCAGGAAAGGUCCUAGAACAGAUAAUUCAACAAUCAGUCUGUGAGCACUUAGAAAAAGAUGCUAUGAUUACUAAGACCCAGCAUGGGUUUCUCAAAAACAAAUCAUGCCAGACGAAUCUCAUUUUCUUUUUUGAUAGAGUUACAAACCUGGUAGAUCAGGGGAAUGCUGUGGACGUACUAUAUCUUGAUUUCAGUACUGCUUCUGACAAAGUCCCCCAUCAUAUUCUUUCCAAGAAGCUGGUAAAAUGUGGGUUGGACAAGGUAACUGUUAGGUGGAUUUGUAGCAGGUUGACCGAACCCAAAGAGUGCUCACUAAUGGUUUCUUGUCAUCCCUGAGAAAAGUGGCAAGUGGAGUGCUGCAGGGUUCUCUCCUGGGCCCACUGUUGUUCCGUGUCUUUAUUAUUUACUUGGAUGAAGGUAUUGAGGAGAUGCUCAUCAAAUUUGCAGGUGACACCAAACUGGGAUGACACCAAACUAGCUAAUGCCGUAGAAGACAGAAUUGGAAUUCAGGAUUACCUUAACAGUUUAGAGAACUAACAAAAUGAAUUUCAGUUGGGACAAAUGUAAGGUUCUACACUUAGGCAAGAAGAACCAGCUGCAAAAUAUAAGAUGGGGAACACCUGGAUUGCCAGUAGUAUAUGUGAAAAGAAUAUAGGGGGACUUAGUAAACCACAAGCUUAACAUGAGUACCCAGUGUGCUGCAGGAGCAGCAAAAAAACAACCCCCCCAAACCCCCCCCCCACUAAUGCUAUUCUAGACUGCUUGAAAAGAAGUAUAGUGUCCCAAUCAAGGGAAGUAAUAGUCCCUCUCUAUUCUACCUUGGUCAUACUGAGGCUGUUCCAAUAGCCUCCUUACAAAAGGGUUAAAAUGUAUUGGUUUUAAGAAUUGGCAAUAAAUAAUCUUGAUUUUCAGAUCUUUAACUACAAAGUCAAAUGAAUGUCAUGGACACACAAAUUAUUUAGAUAUUUGAACAGCAAAUGUUGAAAUGGAUCUACUAACACAUACCAAACUGUAGGGGCUUUUAAUCUGUGACAAUUAAAUUUAUAAUCUUUUGAUCCUAGCAACUCUUAUUUUUUAAAAAAUUGUACAAUUAAAACCUUGCCUUUCAUAAAUACAACUUUUUGUUUCUUGUAUAAACUGCUUUAGAAAAUUAUGUUCCACGAGGGCAUUUUUAUUUUUGAGAUUCAAAAUGGCAUCUAAGUCAUCUUAUAAUUAUUGCAGUUGCACAAUUAAUAGCAAUACAGAGAUAGUGGUAAUUAUACCAAGGAGUGUAUCUGAGGUGCCAAAACAUAUCUUAAGGCUUUUAUAUUUAGAGUUGUCCCUGUGAAUUUUCCCAUAGUCAUUCUGAGAGAACUAGGAAAAAUUAUCUACUGUUCCUUGUUUGCUAGCUCUUAAGAAACUAUUUCUUGCAAUUUAGAGUUGAUGAUGCAUUGAAUUUAAAAAUGCAACCCUUGGUGGAGUCAGUACAGUUUAAUAAUAAUAAUAAUAAUAAUAUAAUAUUGAUUCAUAAAUCCCUUUUUCUGGUAAGUGGAGGGGAUAAAUUUUUCAUCCUUCAUGAUUGCCCCUCCUACACAGUAGGAAUGAAGGUCAGCUUGUUAAUUGUCUCCUCCAAUGACAGACUCCUACACUUUAGGGUAGGCCUUGCCUCAUUGGUGUCCUGAAGAGCUUGCUAAAACAUUUUUUUCCCUUCUUCUUCUUCUUCCUUCAUCAUUGGCAUUUCAGCCAAGCCCAUGGGUGUAUUAAAUUUUGUUGAAUGAGUUUCAGAACACCCCUGUUGGAUGGUGCUUUGAAGAAGGCUGGGAAGGAUUACUUCUUCACUGACACAAGAGUAGGCUUGAAAAUAACCAUUUUUUCUUGUGUCAUUCUGUUGGAUUGAUGACACACUGGGACUGCCGCAUAGUUGUCGUGCUGACUUUGGCAGCUUUGGCAAGGAUGUUGAAGUCCUUCAGAGUCUAUAUCAUGGGAGUCCUCAACACCAAACCAGAUACAUGCCACCUCUGUCAGCUCAUGCAGGGAAACUAUUGGGCAAUGUGGUGGAUGUACUCUAACAGAGUCCUCAGUCCUGACUGUCAAGUCUGGAACGGGAGAUCAAAUCUUUAUAGAUCGUAGCAAACCAGUCCCCCUACUUAUCAGGCACAGUUAGGAGAAAUUUAGUCCUAGCUCUUCCACACAGAUCUCAGUAAUAUAAAUUGUGCCAGCUUCCUUUUGCAGGAUUGAAUCAUGGAUAAUUAAUGUUUUGUUUUGGACAUAUUUGCCAUGUAACAGUAGCAAGUCAUUACUUAGUGCCUUGCAAACAAUAGUUUGCAAAUGUGGCAGGCGGGGUCACUGAGGUUGGAGGAGGAAUCACAAAAUGGUACACCCACCACUGGGUCUCUUUAAGUUAACAGCUGGAUUACAUGUGGCUUUCACUAGCAUUUUAACUCUCUAGCACACUUCUGCCUUCCUUCUGUUCCCAAGUAUGAUUGUAAUGAAUAAAGACUUCCUCAGUGACAAUGAUGGGGCAAGCCUGAUGGUAACAUUAUACUGUAUGUUGUUAUUUUGUGAGUGAUAAGGCUACCGGUGGGAAUUGAAGGUGACUCUGUUCUACCUGUAUAUGAACAAAGGAAUUUAUUAUAUAAUUUUGUUUGCUUCCAUAGUUUUAAUGUGAAUCCUGCACAUAUCGAAGACCUCAGGAAAACUGUGGUAAGUUACUGCUUAAUCAAUACUCCACUUGAUGUCUGAGAGUUGUUUUAAAAUAAAACAGGGUAAAUUUUAUUUAACCCUAUUUAAGUGUGUCAUAAAUAUUUACUUUGUUGUAUUAUAUAUAUAAACAUAAGAAUUACCUUACUGAAGGGUGUUGCAUGUCCAGCAUUUUGCAUCUAACUGUGUCUAGCCAGAUGCUUCUAAGAAGCUCAUAAGCAAGGCAGUCUUUCAUUGUUGUUCAUCCCAACACCUGAUAUUUGCGGGUCUACUGCCUCUGACCAUGUGGACUCAACUUAGCAACCACCAUCAAAGCUAGUGUGGUAGUGAGUUUUAGUUAAUUAUAUAAGAACAUAACCCUGCUGGGUCAUCAAAGUCCAGCAUUCUGUUCUCCCACCCAGUAGCAAAUCAGAUGCCUAUAAGAAGCCCAGAAAAAGGACAUUAGCACAAUAGCGCACUCCUGUUCAUGAGUCCCAGCAACUGGCAUUCAAAGGCAUACUGUCUCUUGGUUUGUCUUGCUCCAUACAACCUUUGCAACUCUACAUCUUUUUUAAUGCAGCUGCUAGAACUGAACACAGUUUUCAAGUGUGAUCACACCAUAGAUCUACAUAAGUAGAUUAUUAUAAUGGCAUAUUUAUUUAUAUUAUAUUAUUUUGUCUGUCCUAAACUGGCUGCCAAUCAGUGUAAUGUGGUGAUCUUUAUUUAGUUCUGUGGUUGUUAUGAAGAGCUCUAGCAAAUGGAGCAUCAAUUUGCUGCACUGGCUACACACACACACACACCACCACCACCACCACCAGCUGUCUCCUUUUAUUCUGACAUACAUGAGUAGAGCUCCUCCUCAUGUGAGGUGGGGGGUGGAAUCAUGGCUGACCUAGGAUCCAGCUUUAUGUAGAGGAAUUGUACACAUGUCUCUUGGAAUUCAUGUAGGGAUUCUUCUCAUACUUGCUUAACAUGGAGCUGGCAGUGCAUUUGACUGGUUUGCUGGUGUGCUCACCAACAUAACCCCACUUCCCCUCUUAGCAGGUGAGCAUUCCUUACAUGAAAGAAAAAUAAAAUCCUUCAUAAUUUUACGAGCAGUUACCAUGUCCCUCCCACAUCUAGCUCUUCCCUUUUCUAGCAUGGACAGCCUCAUCUCUUCUUCAGCUUUUCCUUGCAGGGAAGUCGUUCUAGUCUCUUAGUCAUGUUAAUUGAGACAACCAGAGCAGUCAGCAUGCAGUACCAUAAUGGAGUUAUGGUUAAUAAAUUAGCUGCAGCAAUAGUCUUUAUUCAGUCUUUAUUCAGUCUGCUCAGUGGAAUACACACUCUUAAGGAACAGAUUUACUGGAAGACAAUGAACUCAACUAGUCUUUCACAAUUCCAAAUCCUAUGAAUCUUUAUGAGAUGUUUUAGGAGGAUUUAACAAAGUGAGUGUGCUAAGUUGAUUAGUAAAUAUAUCAAGAUUGCUAAUACAAAUAACAAAUGAACUCUCAUGAUGAUUAAAAAUGCUCACAAAAUGUAAUCUGUUUUUGUUUGGAAUAUUCAGCUGACUCUGAAAAUUCAGGAGAAUAGCUAAUGUGGUGAGAAUAAAAACAAAACAAAACAAAACAAAACAAAAACCUUCCCAUUGCUUUAGAAAUAUACUAGUGCUCAAGCCUAUUCUAUGAGUUAGGUAAUAUUUUUAUUAAAAAUGUUUUAACUUGUUUUGGGGUGCGUUCUAGUGAAAUUUAGUCAUAACGUAAGUCCAUAGGCAUAUCUUACAUAUAUAUAUAUAUAUAUAUAUAUAUAUAUAUAAUAUCCAACAUUAGUCACACACAAUGUAUAUCUAUUGAAAUCAAUUAUUUAAAAUGGGUCUACUCUGAGUAUGACUAAUAUCACUCACUGAAUUCAUUUGUGGCUUACACUUAACUACCAUUAGGUGUGUGUAGGAUUGCAGCCUUAGAGUUGGUUUUCAGUAUAUUGUCUGGAAAAUGCUUAAUUGGCUUCUAUGUAUUUUAAUGAUAACAGCCAACAUUAUGCAAUAAAUUGCUAGCGAACGAUUUUUUUUAAAGAAAGCAAUUAGUUUUCCUUAGAGAAAUUAAAGGUGAUAAAAUGAUCCAGUUUUGGACUUGUUCCUCUCUAGGAAUGAGCUAACCUUUGUUACUUGCAAUGCUGAUGCCCAGUUCAUUUUGGGCAAAAUACAGUUAGAGUAUGUUUUUAUAUAGUAAGUUUGAAACACCACUAUUGUAAAAAUUCAAAUGUUGUAAGAUUAUUCUGUAAGUAGUUUGAAGUAAUUUAAAUGACGUUCCUCCAAUGAAUUAUUUCUUUUAUUCCCUUGGAAGUGGUGUUUGGUAAUUAAGUUUAUAUGCCUUGUGCUCUGGUGAUGCCAACACCUGUCUUUGAAUGAACAGUGUUUAAACAGGAGCAAUAGCCAGUUGAAAGGGCAGCAAGAGCUCUUUAAAGCCUAAUUAGGAACUGAAAGGGAGAUGAAGCAAGUAGGACAAGAGAUGAGAAAGUGGUUUAGAUGAUAUUCCCAAAGCAAAGUUCCUCAUUAGAACAAUAAACAGAUGAUCAAAGUAUGCCAAGUUGUCAUUUUAUCUCUCCGUUUCCCAGCAGUUGUGACUAUCAGUUUGUACCCAAAUAAUAUUUGGUUAUCAAGGCUUUUUCCACAUGUUUACACAUUUGAAAUCUUACCCUUUUCCUUGCUCUUUCCUGAAUGAUAGGUAUCAUAGUCUGUGGGAUUCUUUGUUGUUGUUGUUUAGGAAGUUACAGCAGAAUAUUUAUUUUCCAGCAAGAUUUGUCCUCAGUCGUUGAACACAUGUUUUCAUUUUACUUGAAGUACUAAAAUUGUAGUUUUCAAUAGCUAUGGCACUUGCAUGCAUAUGACAAUUUUACUUGAAAUAAUCAUACUGUCUGUUUUAUAAAUUAACAUCUUAAAGAUACAUCACACAGAACCAUCUGGGAUAUAUUAUAUAAUUAAAAACUAUAUGACUGCUACUAGCUUUUUUGUAGGUUAGAAGUACGUCAGAUUUUCUUACUUUUGUUUACAAACAUGGUUUUAGUUUUAGUUUGUGUACAUACACACAAACAUUUUUGAUUAUCCAAACCCUUCAUUUGUAAUGCAGAGAUAAAAUAACUAUACAUGAAUAUACUGAAUUGGCUUUGAAUUCAAAUCCUUAAGACAAAAACUUACCACAUUGUAAGUUUCUCUUAAACACAUUAAUCUACAAGAUAUUACCUCGAGAUGUAAAUAUUCUUAAUUGUGGUAAUUGAUAAAGGAAAGUUGGCUGAAGUGUAAACCAGUCAAAAAUUCUUCUGCUGACAGUUAUUAUCAAGAGCUCAAAAAUUUAACCAUUGACUGAUGUUUUAACUUGUAACAUUUAUACUGGCUCACUAACUUGCCUUUUCUAAUCAACUAUAUUUUACACACUAAUUUUAUAUUUUUUAAAAUACUUCCAUUCUACUCUAUUAUCCAAGUUAUUAUUUGGGGUGGGGAGAAUGUUUGCCUUUUCCAGGGAUCCACCCCCACAAUUUUUAGCACAGCCUCUGACAUUUCAUUAUGCUUACUUCUAAGGCUGCAGUGCUAAGCCCCACUAAACUGAGUGAGUCUGAAUAAACAUCCAUAGAAUCACACUGAAAAUAUAAUAAAUUUAUCAGAUUGUACAAUUGUAUAUGUUGAGUUAUGAAUUAUGUGUGUCAUCAUAGUGUGAAACAUAUAUAGAUUUGAUAGGGAUACAAGCACUCCAUAUAUUUCAAUUUCCCCCUAAAAAACUUCCACCCACCCACAGCUUCACUACAUGCUUACCUGGGGGUAAGUUCCUGAACUCAGAGGAGAAUCAUUCCCAGUAGACAUGUAUAGGAUUGGACUGUAAAUCAAUUAAAUUUGCCCAUCAGUGUUGUGAGUUUCUAAUUUUAUUUUGUAGGCUAGCUCAGAAUUCUGUAUGCAACAUCAGCAGCCCUGUAGGUCAGUUUUAAUAGGUCUUCCUUUCCAGCUAACUGCUGUCUCAUAAUUGUAGUAUAUUUCUUACUUUGUUCAAACGUUGCAACACACAUUAAGCAGUCUGGAAAAAGAACAUAAGCAGCCUGAUACAUAAACUAUUUAGUCCCAUUGAAAUCUGCUUAAAUCCAAGUGCUCUGAUUUUUGUAUCACAGACACAGGAGGACUAGAAUGGGUAAUUAGACAAACAAGGCUUAAGAAGCUACAUAAAUCCUUGGCUGCAUUCCUAAAGGUUGAGUUGUGAAAGAAAGGCAGUUCAAACAGUAGUUUUUGGAUAUGCCUUGGUUUACACAAUUCCGUUCUCCACAUUCCCAUGGUAGACGAGGCUUGGCAUGUAAAGUGGCAGAGAGGCGCUACCAAAAGAAAGGAAAAAUGGAGCACAGAGGAAUGUGUUCUCUCUCUCUUCCACACAUAGGAUUAGGGCAAGGGGUCAGAUUUAAAGAGGCCAAUGGAUAAAUAUAUUGGGGUGAGAUAUUGGGGUUAGCUGGGACUCAGAAGGUUCAGCAAGCUUUCAACUAAACAGGGAUUUUUCAGUUGUCGGUUCUUCAUUGGCCAUCCAUCUGCCAAAGUGCUUGGGAUGCAACUACGGAAUCUGGCAAAUUUUUGUAGAACCGUUGUCCAGUUCUGUUUGUCUGACAGUGCUGAUGAGUCUGGCUGUUAUACUUUUAAAUAAAAAACCCUGUUUUGUGUUCCUGAUACUAAUAUAACUGCUUUCAAAAAGCAGCAGUAUUUUUAUACAUAUUUGUGAUUUGAUGACUUGCAACUUCAAAUGAUGACUUGCACUUGUGAAAUGGUCAUCGCAGACAAAUCACCAUACCAGACAUAACCACAAAUACAAUACUUCUCAAAGGAGGCAGUUCACUCAUUGAGCCACAGGUUUUUGAGCAAUCAGUGGUAUGUGCAUAUGUGAAUUAUCCAUAACUUGCUAUUUAAAUAUAGAAAGUGAUAGCUGCAGACAAGUCUUAAAAUAGAGCCUGGAUUCAUUAAAAAGCAAGAGUGCAAAAGAAUUAUCUCACUGUUGGGAAGCAACCAAGAAAUGUUUUUGAACCACAUCUAUUAUCCAUUUUAAUCGUUUUGGAUUCUUUUCAAAUAUAGACUGGUUCCCUUGCAGCAUCUUCUGCCAGGAAAGUGGGAAAUGUUCCAGAUAAAUGUUCACUUAAUAAUGCUGUACUGUGGGUCCCAGAUGGAGGCCUGUUUCCCUUAGAUCUCAAUUACAAUCUGCUGCUGCUUUUGCUACAGACCAACAGUGAGAGCUUGAAAAGUUGGUGUACUAUAAACUCCUCAGUAUUUAUAUUUUGCUGCAACUUCUCUUUCCUUUCUUACUGAAGUGCUGCCAGAAUUAAUCAGCAAAAUCAUUCUGAUGGUUGCAAUAUUCUCCUGGGACUGUGAUUGCUUAAUGAAUUAGACUAUAUGUAAGCAAAUGCUCACAAAUCAAAAAUGAUCUUGUUUGAGACUGACUUCAUUAUAUAACAUAAUUGUUGUUAGAAAAAGGAGAAUUGUCAACCAGUGGUUCAACCCAUGUUUUCCUGUGUAAUGGCGAACUGACUGAAAAACAGCACAGGGGGUGCUGGCACAGGUGGUGUUGUCAGUUGUUGUCCUGGCUAUCAGAGCCUAUUCCAAUUAAACCACACAGAAGUACACCGGGCAAACACUUAAAAUAACUUAAAUGUAGUUUUCAUGCUAGCAUGGGUUACAAAGUACCAUGUAAAGCUUGUACUACACACAGUGGGAGAUCCCUGUAGUGAAUAUUCUCAGAUGAUCUGGCCACCCAGUAGAAAUAUUUCCAGUGGCUCCACAUGGUAGGUGUAGCCUAAGAAUCAAGUCCUUAGUCCACAUCAGUCCAUUUGGUGCAAAGGAUAUGUACUUUAGUGAGACAGUAUUCCUAUAGUCUGGUGCUCUUUCAACAUUUCUUUGUAUAAUGAUUCGUAAGGUAUUAAGAAUCUGGGAUUCUGUUACAGCAAACUGCUCACUAAUUCAUGAAGUUUGUGACCCACUGGGUGUUAUCCUCAUGUUCCAUGAAGAUGAGAGUUACACAGCAUCAGUGCCUGAUGUAUUACAGUCCAGUAUUUAAUGACUGGGUGGAGGAGUUAGGUUAGACAAGAUUUGACUAUACUUUUCACAUUUUUAAAGAAUUUGGCAUAUUACACUUUUAAGCCAGCAUGAAUUUUGAGCAUUGUAAAAAUGCAUUUACAAGGUAUACGUAGACUUGAUGAAUCAUCUAGCUAUGCAUUAGCUGAACCAGAUAAACAGCUUGUUCAAGGUACCACAGCUGCUUUUCUCUGGUCCUCUUUAUGUAAAUAGGCUGUUAUUGUGCUAGUCAGAUACUAUGUCAAAGGGGGAAGGAGUUGCUAUAUGUGGUUUCCGAUUCACAUCCUCUCUUCUAGUACUAGUACUGGUAUUAAUGUGAUGUUUGAAGUUCUGUAAUGUCCCCCCUCAAAAAAAACCCACCUCUCUUUAUUCUAGGAUGCAAAUCCUUUUGAUGCUGCUGCAGGGUAUCGCAGCCUUACACAUGAAGAGGUCUUACAAGAAUUAGUGAAACAUAAAGAACAACUGAAGAAGAAGGACACCCAUAUUCGUGAACUUGAGGACUAUAUUGACAAUCUUCUUGUGCGAGUAAUGGAAGAAACUCCUAGUAUUCUCCGAGUGCCAUAUGAACCUUCUCGGCGAGCUGGCAAAUUUUCAAAAAGCUAA